AUGCCGCGGACCUACUCGAUACGGACAACCGGGCGAACCGUUUACGAUGAGCUGCAAGCGGCGAUUUAUCCGAUCUAUAAAAAGGCUGGGUUGAUGGGGGUGCUGUUUUUGGCAGUGUUAAUCGUGGGUGUGCACUGUUGGCUGGCCAUUGCCAUCGUGCACCGCUUCGCGACGGCCAUUUUCCUGCUCGUGUGUGUUUGUCUAUUUUGGGUGGGGCUUCUCGCCCAUUUCUACGGGCAUAAGCUGCCUGAGGAUCCGUAUAGCAAAGUGGAAGCUCAACUUUCAAAGUACAAAUGGCUACCGUAUAUCGCCGCGUUGCUAGCGCUCGCGGCAGUUACGGCAUUUGUAUUGACGCAGUCAAUCCACUCUCGGCCUCGGCUGCAAUCAUUCGGGUCGUUGAUUUUGAUCCUAAUAGUUUCGAUCUUGUUCUCCGACAACCCGGGCCGGAUAAAAUGGCGUCCCGUAGUUUGUGGUAUCGUGCUACAGUACUUGGUGGCGUUGGCGAUUUUGAAGUGGGAGGCCGGCAGAGAAGCAUUCCGCUUCGUCAUCGAUCAAAUCGUCUACUUUUUGGGAUACACGAGCGCCGGGACGAAUUUCGUGUUUGGCUACAUCCCGGUGCCGCCGAAUAUUUGCGGAAUGGAUGGGCCAUUUUCGUUUACGUCACUGCCAAUUCUCAUCUUCUUCUCGGCCAUCAUCUCGGCGGCUUACUAUUUGGGAUUUGUGCAAUGGACGACCAGAAUGAUGGCCGUUCUGCUGCAAUGGACGAUGGGGACGACGAGCGCUGAAUCGUUGAAUGCAAUGGGAAGUGUUCUGAUUGGUCCAACAGACGGCGCUCUUCUGAUGCAAUUCGCCCUGCCGUCGAUGACGUACAGCGAAAUCGUGGCCGCACUGGCGGUUGGUUAUUCAAUGAUCGAUGGGUCGCUUUUUGCGUUGUAUAUCGCAUUCGGGGCCUGCCCGACACUUCUCCUCAGCGCCAAUGUGAUGAGCGCUCCCGCAGUUCUAACAAUUUCGAAGUUGAUCUGCCCGGAGGUGCAGAAGAGCCGGCAGAAGGAUAUGAACACCUUUUCUUUCCCGCCUACGGAAGCCGAAUCGCUGCUCGACUCAAUUUGCAAGGGUGCCGUCUCGGCGAUGAGCGUCAUCUUCGCCAUCAUCGCCAAUUUGAUUGUCUUCUUGGCGCUGAUUGCAUUUUUGGAUAGGACAAUUGGCUAUGUUUGUUCGGCUGUUGGAUACGAUGACGUCACGUUUAACAAAGGUCUCGGCUGGGCCUUCUUCCCCCUUGCCUAUAUUAUGGGGGUUUCCGAUGCACCCGACUGGGAGACGCAAAAGGACGAGAUUUUAAAGGUCGCGCAGCUGAUCGGGACGAAGACGGCGCUGAACGAGUUCAUCGCCUACCAGCAGAUGCAGCAGAUGCUCGUCAAUAAGGAGAUUGGGGGACGCGCGCAGCUGAUGGCCAUCUACUGUCUAUGCGGCUACUCGAACCCGUCACAAAUCGGCUCGCAACUUGGGAUUUACGGCGCAAUGUGCCCGCAGAGGAAGAAGGAUUUUGUGACGGCCGCGGCGAAGGGACUUCUCAUCGGCUCGCUCACGUGUUUUAUGACGGCCUGCGUGGCGGGGUCGAUCGUGUCAACAGAUAUGGGAUGUCUGCCCACCACAAAUCCGCUGUGUUUCGAUGUGUCUAAUGGGACGAAUCCACGAUGGGUGUCCGCCCAA